AUGAGAACCUCGUUGAUAUUGGCUCUGGCGGGGAGACCUAACUCCUGCCAUAAUUCAGCUCCUCUACCCAGCAGCAUGAAUUCCAGGCUUGGAACCAGUCCUCUGUACACCAGCCUCUGGGACUUUGAUGCCAGGACACAGACAGAAAUCAGCUUCCGGGCAGGAGACCUCUUCCAGGUCACCAGGCAAGAAGGAGAAUGGUGGUGGGCCAGGAAAGUCGACGGCUCGAACAGGAUCCUAGCCGAAGGUUAUGUUCCUUACAAUUACUUAGCUGAGCAGGAGACAAUGGAGGCAGAACCCUGGUUUUUUGGGCAGAUCUCGCGUUCCGAGGCCUUACACAGGCUGCUGUCAGAAGAGAACAAAACCGGGGCCUUUCUAAUCCGAAUCAGUGAGAAAAAAGAUACUGACUACGUGCUUUCAGUUCGGGAUGACUCAAUUGUGAGGCACUACAAGAUCUGGCGGAACUCCCAGGGGAACUUCUACAUGAACGCUGCGCUCUCCUUCCCGGAUCUGCUCAGCCUAGUGGAGCAUUACAAAGCGAAGAACCUCUCCCACGGCCUGAGACUGACAAUCCCCUGCUGGAAGCAAGAACAAGAGCCUCUGCCUCACUGGGAUGACUGGGAAAGACCCAGAGAAGAAUUCAGUCUGGUCAAGAAGCUGGGAGCUGGAUACUUUGGAGACGUCUAUGAAGGAUACUGGAAAAACAAGGUCAAAGUUGCAAUUAAAACUAUCCCCAAAGCUGACCUGACGUACCAGGCCACUUUCAAGAACGAAACCAAGGUAAUGAAGAAUCUGAGGCACAAGCACAUCCUCUCCCUCUAUGCCAUCUCUUCUGUUGGAGAUCCUGUCUACAUCAUCACCGAGCUCAUGCUCAAAGGAAACCUGCUAGAUUUUCUCCGAGAGUCAGAAGGGGAGCAUCUGGAAAUGAUCGAUCUGGUUGACAUGGCAUCGCAGGUGGCUGAUGGGAUGUGCUACUUAGAGUCUCAGAAUUUUGUUCACCGAGAUUUAGCUGCGAGAAAUAUUCUUGUUGGAGAAAACAACAUCUGCAAAGUGGGAGACUUUGGCCUGGCCAGGCUUAUCAAGGAUGAUGUGUACUUGUCUUACUCUCGCAAUAUCCCCUAUAAAUGGACAGCCCCUGAGGCCAUUUCCCAUGGACGCUAUUCCACCAAGUCCGAUGUUUGGUCUUUUGGGAUCCUUCUGUAUGAAAUUAUCACCUAUGGACAGAUUCCAUACCCAGGUAUGAGUAACGGUGAGGUUUGCCAAAAAGUCCAAACAGGUUUCCAGAUGUCCUGCCCGCCAAAGUGCCCAUCCAUGCUCUAUGAAAUCAUGCGCAAGUGCUGGCACCUCAGUCCAGAUCAGAGGCCUGACUUCCAGCACCUCAAAGGGAAACUCCACAGUUUCACACUCUACGAGAACCCAGGGUGAUAGCUGCACCAGGAGCCCUUCUCUUACUGUUUCCUUUCACCUCUUUUUAAGUCUGACA